AUGGCCGGCAUCAAGACCAUCAUUGGAUUGUCCUUUGUCCUUGCCAUAGGCUUUCUCCUCGUCAUUCUCUCCGCCGCGCUCUUCAAAAACUACCUCACACUCCUGGUAGUCGCAACCUACAUAGUCGCACCACUUCCCAACUGGCUUUGCGGGCGGGCCGCGAAUCGCGAUGAUUUCAUGGAGGCGACAGGGAGCGGAGUUGUAGACUUUGGGAGGUUCCUUACGGGCUUCUUCGUCGUCAUGGGUAUUGCCCUACCCACGCUUCUCUGGCACUCGGCGCAGAUCGCUGGCGGUGCCGCAGCCAUGUCUGUCUUGGGUGGUCUUACUAUAUAUGCGACCAUCAUCAGCUUCACGCUGUUUUUCCAGGAGCAAGAAGACUUCUGA